AUGGCACCCAUACGACGGGGACAUACUGGUAAACCAUGCCUUGCUUUGUUCAUGCUGAUUGCCAUGCUGUACUUCGCUGCUCCUGAAAGCAUUGAUAUCUGCAGAGACUGCUCAUGUGUUGGUACAUUACUACACGUUUCCUGCAGAGGGGUCUUCCGGUUAGGGGCUCAGCUAAAACACACCUUUGAAGAUGUAGCCUUCCGUGGCCUUGAUCUUAAUGUACCACAAUCAACAUUAUCACCUGAUCUUUUCCAGAAUCGGACAGGCAUCAUCUAUCUCAAUUUAAGGGGAAAUGGCUUAAAAUGUAUCGAUGAUGGGAUGUUUACGAUCCUCCACCAGAUGAAAUACCUUACUCUAUCCCGCAACGCCCUCACAGCCAUUCCCGUGUUUCACAAUCUCACGUCACUACAAGAACUGUACCUGGUGUCCAACAAUAUUCGCAGCCUUGGUAGCAACCUGAAGGCUCAUGCUCCAAAACUAAAAUUGCUUUUGCUGGAUCACAACAGGAUCACAUUUGUCCAAGGGGAUCAUUUUCCAGAGGAGCUAGAAAGCCUCGGCCUGAGCUUUAACAGGAUGACGUCCAUCGACGGGGGUUCACUCUCGGGUCUCCUGCAGUUACAGAAAGUAGAUCUUACAGGUAACCUGAUCUCGCAGAUAUCGAGCGGUUCUUUCUUGUUGCCUGGUUUAAAAACUGUGAUCCUAAAUGAGAACAGGAUCCGUGAAAUCUUCAAGGAUACCUUCAAUCCAGAGCUUGACAAAUUACAUCUCAACAGCAACAGACUUUCUGGACUUGGAAACAUCAGCGGCAUCCCUUCAUUAAAGGGUUUGUAUGUCUCGUAUCAGAGAGAGGUCAUCAAACUGCAGGAAAUCCCACUUCUCGAAAAUCUCAUAGAACUGACCAUUACUGUGGAAAGUUCUCCCGAUCUUGCCGAUGGGAUAGCUAGAAUACUGACCAAGAUGCCUAGGCUGCAGAUUCUUUCAGUUGUUGAAGGGAAAAUGGAUUAUACCGCGAUAGGUGCAUACUUUAUCAACAUAUCGAUUCUAGAAGAAUACAAUGAUAACAGUAACAGAGUGUACCCCACACAGUUGAUAAAUCUACGCUAUCAAGAGUCCGGUCUUGUUGAACUUCCUCAAGUCUUUGCUCCCUCGAUGAUCGUCUUGUAUGUUCCUGGCAAUCUAUUGGUGGAACUUAAACUGAAGGACUUAACCAAGCUAUAUCCUAGGUUACAUACCAUUGAUCUCUCAAACAAUCGCAUCAGGGUUCUCUCCAGUUGCGGUGUCAGCGGCGUAUCGCAUCCUCUGAAGGUCCUGAUCCUCAAAGGCAACAAACUGUGGUUGUUCUCUGCCUGGAGGUGUGGAAAUGGUUUCAAGAUCCUGACAAAUCUUUUAACACUAAACUUGGAUGACAACAGUCUAUCAUAUUUGGAACGUGAACUCAUCCCUAGGUCCUCCUCCGAUCAAGCACCUUUCAGGACAUCCGUUAGUGCGGGAGACAACAGGCUAAUAUGUGACUGCCACCAGCGUUGGUUAGUGAAACUGGAGGACAGUAUCAACUUUGUUAAUACCAAGUGCUCUGCACCAGAGGGUCAUGCUGGCAAACCUCUGUCGGACUUACUGAAAGAUGGCUUCCCUUGUCCGUUGUCUGUGUCGGAAGAGCAAGCCUGUACAAUAUCGAACAACUCGGAGAUUUUAGUUCAGUGUCCCGCCGCAUCUUAUCCCUUUCCCGACAUUUCCUGGGCUCUUGCAGAAUCUGGUUUUGAUUUCAACGAGACUCUAUCAGUGGACCAUCAGAUGGAAGAUCUAGAAGUAGUAGCCGGAUCACUGGUGGUAAAAUUGGACUCAAGGCGUCUUUACGUUGAUGAAGAAGAGAUGAAUAUUUCUCUAACUUGUCGCGCCAUCAGUGAAGGGGAUACGCUUGACAUCAAUGUCCUGGUCCAUAUCGAGUUCAUCAACGUUGACGAGACAGGCGAAUACUCCAACCUGUCGGUUCAGUGUCACCCGAGUGUGAAAGAGAGCGGCAGAAAGCUCUUGCAGCCGAUCACAGCAAGUACUGAGGACAUUGGUUUGACGGAAAACCUGACCGGUUGGGCAUUGGGAGAUGCAAAGAGCUGCCUCCGGUCAGCUAAUGGCACUUUAAUCGCAGUUAUGGUCGGAAUUACUUGUUUCGUAUAUUAUGUGUUGACAUGA